AUGGCUUUGGCUUUGUCUCCGGUCCACGUACCAGAGCGCUUCUCACGAGCCACAGAUAAGGUCAAAAUGAUCAUGAAGAUGAGAACCUGGCCUGCGACUCGUUUGCGAAAGCAGCAGAAGGAGGAACCGGGCCGCUCCCACCUGAUGGAACUGCCUACUGAGCUACUCCUCGAAAUCAUCUCACAUUUGACAGUAAUACCGGAAGCUGCCUUAGCAUUGACAUGCAAACGCAUGUUUUCCAUAUCUAGAGAAAUCUUAUCGUCUAAAUCAUUACGAUUUGCCCGUGACUUCGCACCCCUUUUCCAUCAUUAUCGAAAUGGACAUAACUUUGUCACUCCGCGCUGGCAAUUUAUCAACUUAAUUGAAAAUCACCGAUGGCGCGUGUGUUCUAAAUGCCUGAAACUGCACCCCCGAUCUGCAUUCUCAUCUCGAGAACUGAGGCGCAAGUCAGAAACCCGCACCUGUAAUGUGGGUGAGCUAGCCGGAAUUGUCGACCUUUGCCCUUGCAAGAAGAUAACUUUCCGCGACAAACUGGAUCUGAUAGACCAGAUGCGAGUUAGAAAAAUCACUUUGAAUGCUCUACAGACCCAAUUUGGGAGUAUGACGUCGGACAGAUACUGCUGGCAUACAUGUACUGAGACCUAUGGUCCCACCGUACUGAAGGUUUCUUUAUUUCCCGAACUUGAUGACGAGGAUCAACUGGUGAUACGUUCAGAGUACAAUCUCACUACCGAGUCAGGCCAGGUGGGGAAGGAGGAAUACAUGACUCCUCGAUUUGGAUGUGCUCAUCGAUCCGUCGACCUUUGGCUCUCGAGUGUUUACCAAUCAACCAUCUGCCGCCUCUUCGAUUCCUUCUGUACCUCUUGUCGACGAAUUUCAGUCUGCGCUGCCUGCAAUACCACACUCAAAUGCCCCCGAAAACAACCAUACACCACGAAUGAAAGUGGGAAAGUCACAUACUCAUUUCAUACUGAAAGAUGCCUUGGAGGCGGCGGACAAGAGCCCGACGCAACGUGGGCAUCGCAAAGGAUUCACCCAGCCGAACCAUCGAUUGGCGUGGAGAAUUGUAAUGAGCUCUGUCCUUGGACAGUUCGAGAGCAUCCACCUCUCACAUUUACACCCAGCAUAGGCGAGGAAGUCAUUUCACCUGUUGUGGAAGACCAACCACUGGAUUCGUUAUAUUCAUCGAUUCGCAAUUUGUAA